AUGAACAUCUCAAUGGCUGCCCCGGCUAGCUACGGUACAGAUGGCGCCGAUCCUCCAAUCCUACCCGUCGCCGCGUCUCAGCUUCAGAUUAUCUUCGAGUGGGUUGGCAUCCUUCCACUGGAAAUUUACCUCUCCGGCAGUGGUUUGUCUCACUGGUUGGUAGGCCAGACGUCGCUUGCAGGAUUCAUUGGCGUCAGCCUCUUCCCCCGUCUGGGUAUUCUGGACAGCCUUGCUGCCUUCUUGCGCGAAGGUGCCGACUUUCUCGAUCGCGCUUCGUCCGUCAGCGAGCUUCGGCACACUGUCUGGGACGCCAACUGGGGCAGUGUCUUCCCUUGCGCAAACGGAGCCGCAAGCGAUAUACUUACGAGAUAUAUCAUUCCCAAAGCUCGUGAUAUUGAGAUCCCAGCUGACUUGGCCGCCCUGAUUGCUGCCAAUGAACUUAUUCGCAAUCCAGAAGAAGGAAAAGAUAAUGCCGUUACCGCAGAGACAAGCAACAAUUCCAAGGGCCAGACAAAUGAGAAUAUUGGAGGCCCUCAUUUCAGCCGCCAUCAAACGUUGUAUAUUCUGGACUGCACCAUCGAUGCUGGCAAAAGAAAAACAAAUAGCCCCUCCGUUACGUGGUUAUUUUUUCUCAUCGAGGUUCUUUUCAUCCUUUCUUUAAUUGGCGCCUGUGUCUCAACUAUCCUGCUCGGUCUAUACGGGACUGCUGCAGCCAUUCUCAUCAGCAUCGCCUUCCGUGUAGCACGGCAUAGCAUCAAAGUCAUUAGACCCCCAAGAUACCUGGAAAGCAAUUAA